AUUCAGCUCGGCGGAUUAGUAAUCAUCUCAGGUUGUCUGUCUUCGUCGGAUUCUACAUCACCGUCUUCGUCUAUCUCUGGUCCUAAUACGAAACUCUACGUGAUUGGGCUUUCUUUCCGCACAACUGAAGAUAACUUAAGAAAAGCUUUUGAACAGUUUGGCAAGCUCACACUUGUUAACUUGGUGAUGGAUAAAGUAGCAAACAGACCAAGAGGGUUUGCUUUCCUGCGGUAUGAAACAGAGGAGGAGUCAAUGAAAGCUAUUGAAGGGAUGCACGGAAAGUUUUUGGAUGGAAGGGUUAUAUUCGUGGAGGAAGCUAAACCAAUGUCAGAUAUUCAAAGAGCUAAACCCAGAUCAGACAACAGAGCUCAGACUAAACCUCGUACCUUUCGAACCUGGUAGCUACUUUGAUCUUGUCUCCAUACUAUGAUUCUGUGUAAUUUUCAAUCUUAUUUUCACUUUUGAGGUCAUACAAUGUACUCAUUGCUUAACUCCUACCAAGAUUUCACUGAGGGAGACAGUCUAAAGUAAACUCAAGUCUGGACAAAAAAGUGCAUGUUUAUCUUUCAAAACAAAUGUAAUCAGGUUCCUUUAUUUAGAUGUAAUAGGUUAACAAAUAAACUUCAAAAUCGAAGUUUAGUUGUCUUCACUCUUCGGCUCACAACUUUGAUCACUUUUAAACAAUAAACACAUUUGUAGAAUAUUUUUUUUGUAACUAUAUGCAUUUGUUGAUUUUUUAGUGUAUUUGUUAUAUAUAUUGUGGAACCGAACACUGAUAUUGACAUCAGAAGGCAUUGUUUUAGAGUUUUUACUUUUCAGAAUUUUAAAGAUUCUUAAUUAUAGAUUAGACAACUUUAUGUUGGUUGAUCACCCUCAUGCAUGUAUCAUCAAAUAAAAUCUAACAUUUGGUUU